AUGGAGUCUUCCGCCCACGCCGUUGCCGCCGGAGCGUUUAACACCAUUUUCUCUGCUUGGGCCAGAAGAGUGGUCGACCCCGUUCUCUCCCCCACAAGUACGAGAUAUGUCCGUGGCCGGUCCCGAACCAAGAAAGCCGAUAUCUCUUUCAGCCCAAGAGAUAUGCCAUAUGGACUAUCUAAUAAGUGGCCAACUUUUGUUGGCGAGGUUGCGUGGUCGGAGCGUCGCACCAAGCUCCACGAAGACAUAAAGUUCUGGCUGGACGAUCCAGAUAGUGCCGUCAAUACCGCUAUCACCAUCAGUAUUCUCCGCGAUAAGAUAAUGGUGGAGAGCUGGGAAAGGGCCGAUGACGGGCCUCCAUCACCCAACCAAAAGAUUGAAAUUGUCCGCAAGCCCCGUUCAGGCUGUCCUCGGGUCAAUGGCCAACUGGAGAUACAAUUUUCGGACGUUUGCCUAAGGGAGAGGAGAGACGGGGAGAGCAAUUUCCUUCUGACGGCAACCGAUAUGGAGGAGCUCGCAGGUCACAUCUGGAAAUACCAAUACCCAACCAACUAG